AUGGUAUGGAAACCCACCGUAGAUCUGUUUACGUUCGACACGUCUCUAAAGGUGGAUCUGGAGACGCUCUUAGCACAGAACAUCAUGCCAACAAAACGGCUGGUACUACAGCUGGUGAUGUCAUUGUUCGACCCGUACGGAUUUAUCGCCCAUUUCGUCGUUCACAGAAAAAUCCUGAUGCAGCAUAUUUGGAGAACUGGCACAGAUUGGGACGAUGAAAUUACGACAGAAUUAUACGAAAUGUGGAAUAAUUGGACUUGUCUACUAAAUCGGCUGGAUGAGGUCGAAGUUCCUCGUUGUUUCUUCGGCGCAGCAAGCAGUAAGCUGCCCGCUAGCAUUCAGUUACAUCUCUUCGUCGACGCGAGUGAGCUUACGUAUGCAUGUGUGGCUUACCUUCGAAUCGUUCAAGCUGGGUUAGUUCGCUGUGUUUUGGUAGCUGCAAAAACCAAGGUAGCGCCAUUGAAGCCGCUCUCUAUUCCGCGGCUCGAAUUACAGGCUGGCGUGAUAGGUUGUCGCUUGAUCGAUGGAAUAUGUGCAGCGUUGAAUCUCCCAAUCGAAGGGCGAUAUAUAUGGACAGAUUCUACAACGGUGCUAGCCUGGAUCAGAUCCGACAGCCGCCGUUAUCAUCCGUAUGUGGCGUUCCGGGUCGGCGAAAUCUUGAAUAGCACCAACGUCGACGAAUGGUACCACGUACCCUCCAAACAGAACGUUGCUGAUGUAGCCACAAAGUGGGGAAAUGGACCGGACUUCAAUCCAAGUAGCAUAUGGUACACCUCGACAGCGUUUCUAUACCGGCCGAUGGUGGAGUGGCGGAAGCAAGCCGAGAGACAGUGGACUACGAAUGAAGAACUUCGCGCAGUAUUUCACCACCACAGAGAACUACGAUUGUCGUUGAUUGAUGUUAGCAGGUUUUCAAAUUGGAAUCGAUUGCUGCGAGCAGCAGCAUACGUACAACGAGCAGUGCAGAAGUUCCGUGGACAAGAGAUCUCAACAAAGUUGACCAGCGAGGAUCUACUGCGGGCCGAGAACUUUCUUUGGCGACAAGUGCAGCGCCAAUCCUAUGCCGACGAAUAUUGUACGCUGCAAUACAACAAGCAACACUCCGAAGUAACACCGAAGCAGCUCGAUAAGUGUAGCGAUCUGUACAAGGAAUCACCAUUCUUGGACGAUGCAGGGGUGAUCAGGAUGAACAGCCGAAUUGGGGCUGCACCUACCGCCCCAUUUGAAGUUAAGUAUCCAAUCAUCUUGCCAAAAGAUCGCCGUUUAACGCACUUCCUUGUUGAUAGCUACCAUCGACGCUUCAUGCACAUCAAUAACGAUACGGUAUUCAACGAGAUUCGACAGCGGUUCAGAAUUCCGCAACUGCGUCCAGUCAUCAAGCGUGUCGUCAAAAAUUGCCAGCGUUGCAUGAAUAAGAAAGCAACGCCCCAGCCGCCGAUGAUGGCGCCACUUCCAGAGGUUCGGCUUACACCACAUAUUCGUGCAUUCAGCUACACCGGCGUAGACUACUUCGCUCCAAUUCUGGUUAAGCAGAAUCGCAGUUUGGGGAAACGCUGGGUUGCGCUCUUUACAUGCCUCACUAUACGUGCGGUCCACCUGGAGGUUGUCCACAGUCUGUCCACACAGUCUUGCGUGAUGGCGAUUCGUCGAUUCGUGAGGCGGAGAGGUGCCCCAGUAGCAUUCUACUCCGACAACGGUACGUGCUUCAAGGGGUCCAGUAAUCUACUAUCAGAACAGAUACAGAACAUCCAUGAGAACUGCGCAGAGACGUUCACGAACGCAAGAACCAGUUGGCACUUCAACCCACCAUCAGCACCACAUAUGGGUGGAUCCUGGGAGCGGAUGGUCCGCUCCGUCAAAGCAGCUAUGGCAGCCGUCGCAGAACAUACUCGUCAUCCUACAGAUGAGGUGCUAGAGACGGUUGUGCUGGACGCGGAAGCGAUGGUUAACUCGCGACCGCUAACUUACGUUCCGCUAGACGACGUCGACCAAGAGGCCCUCACACCUAAUCACUUCUUGCUUUACGGUGCUCAAGGUGUCGUCCAGCCAAGAACAGCAUUCGUGACUGAAGGAUCAACACUCCGGGACAGCUGGAAGCUCAUCCAGUACUUGGUGGACCAAUGUUGGAGAAGAUGGGUUCGUGAGUAUCUGCCGACAUUGACCAGACGCACCAAGUGGUACCAACCGACUAAACCUUUGGAACCCGGAGACGUAGUUUACGUAGUCGACGAGAAUAAACGCAACGGAUGGCUAAGAGGACGGAUCAUCGAGGUGUUAGCAGGAAGAGAUGGACAAGUCCGGAGAGCUGUGGUACAGACCACGGACGGUGUCCUCACUCGGCCGACAGUGAAGCUAGCACUGUUGGAUGUUCGGUCAAACCAAGAGGAGAAUGUGAAAGAGGGAUCUCCGGAACUACACGGGCAGGGGGAUGUUAAAAACCGCCGUGAACAAACGAUCCGUAACGUAAGUUCCGAACUGUCAUCGAACCGAUAA